AUGUCUUCUUCUGAAGAUGAAGAUGUGCUAGCACUGGUAAAUCUCGCUAAUAUACAGAGGGUUAGACGUUACUGGGUACAUCCGGUAUGGCUAAGCAAUGAAGACAAUCGAUUUUUUAAAAUAAUGGAGGACCUACACAAUUACCCAGAUCGUUUUGUCACAGUGUAUAAAAUGACUCCACAGUGUUUUAAUAUUAUCAUGUCCAAAGUGAGAAAUGCUUUACAGAGAAAGCACACAAAUUGGAGAGUAUCUAUUAGUGCUGAAGAAAGAUUACUUAUAACGUUAAGGUAUUUCGCAGAUGGGUGUUCAUUUAAAUCGCUGUCAGUUUACUUUCUACGAGGAAAAUCUACAAUUCGAGAAAUAGUACAUAAUACCUGUCAAGUUCUAUGGCAAACAUUACAACCCGAAUAUAUGCCUACACCCAAUGUAGAAAAAUGGCUAGAGAUAGUUGCGCGUUUCCAUACUCUUUGGAAUUUACCGAAUUGUGUGGGAAGUCUGGAUGGCAAACAUAUUAGAAUAAAAGCUCCAUCUAACACGGGAUCAGCGUACAUAAAUUACAAAGGAUACUUUUCGAUUGUGUUAUUAGCAUUGGUAGACGCUGACGGGUUAUUCGUAACGAUAGAUGUUGGGGAAAACGGGAGAAAUAGUGACGGGCGUGCAUUUCAAGCCAGUGCUCUCGGACAAGCAAUGCAGCGUGAAGACCUUAAUUUACCGGACCAUAGUCCAUUGCCCGGAGAAGUACAACCUAUGCCAUAUUAUUUUGUGGCAGAUGAAGCUUUCUCUCUGAAAAAAAAAAACGUAAUGAAACCUUAUUCGCGGAAUCAAUUGACAAAUGAUAGAAGAAUAUUCAAUAACAGACUAAGCAGAGGACGGAAAUCAGUAGAAUGUGCCUUUGGAAUGGCAAGGACUAAAUUUCAAGGACUGAGCAUGUCCAUGUGCUGUGAACCUGCUAAAGCUGAUGUAAUUAUACAAGCAAUGUGUAUAUUGCACAAUGUUAUUCGAAGAUGCGAUGGAAAAUUUACAGCGCCAUACAUCCAAAAUACGUUGUUGGAACAAGAAUUGAUUCACUAUACAGAGAAACUGCAGAUGGUGUCAGGGAAUACCUCACCAACUAUUUUGUAA